AUGUCGCCUACGAGCUCGAACGGCACGAAUGGUGCCCCCGCCGCGAACGGCGAGGUGGACAUUAAGAAUCUGGGACAUGUCGAAACCCCCAAGGUCGAGGGAACAUGGACAGUUGAGAAGGCUCUGAAGGCCUCUCCCGGAACGGCUACUGCUGAGAACCCCAGCUCACCGCUGCCUUACUUCCACAUGCUCGAGCGGCUCAAGACGACAAAGCGAGAGGGUUGGCGCCGUUUUGGCAUCGAGAGAGGAGAAUCGAUCGCCGACCACAUGUACCGCAUGUCCCUCCUCUCGAUGCUCUGCCCUCCCGCCCUUGCCCCGCGCCUCGACCUUGCCCGCUGCAUGAAGAUGUGCUUGAUCCACGACAUGGCCGAGUCUCUUGUUGGAGACAUCACUCCCGUCGACGGCGUCCCCAAGCCCGAGAAGAACCGACGCGAAGCGGAGACGAUGGAUUAUAUCACAAAGGGCUUGCUCGGCAAUGUCUACGGUGGCCUGGCGGGCGCCGAGAUCCGUGAAAUAUGGCAGGAGUAUGAGGACUCCAAGACGCUUAACAGCCACUUCGUGCACGAUUUGGACAAGAUGGAGCUGCUCCUUCAAAUGAUGGAGUACGAGAAGCGUGGCCAGGGCAAGCUCGACCUCGGAGAGUUCGCAUACGUCGCCACCAAGUUCUCUCUGCCCGAGACCAAGGAGUGGGCGGAUGCGCUGCUCAAGGAGAGGGAGCAGUUCUGGGGUGCGAAGCAGCACGUCCACGGCGAAGAAGGCAUCCAGGGCGGAGUAAAGGAGGACAGACGCCAGCAGCAAGACGAGUACUAUACGCGCGAAUGA